AUGGCGGCGAUUUCUCAUCUUCUUCGACUGCGGCAGGUGGUGGUGAGCAGUGCUAGAGAUGCAGGAGAGGCCUUAACUAGGGCAAUCAAAGCUGACGGAGCUGUGAAGGUUUCACAGCUCGCCACAGCCCUUCUCGACUCCUCACUUCCCCGUCACGUGGAAGUUGAAGCAGUGGCGCCGGACUCAGCCGCUUGCACAUCAACUGAUGAGUCUGCAGCAUCUGUGACGCAUUCACGGGACUGUUCUGUCUCUCCUGAUGGCAAAAUGGACUCAGCCACGCCCCUGCGCGAAACUCUGUUUGAGCGCGGGGGCCUUCGAAGCGGCAACGUCGCUACGCUGUGCAGCUCGAAGUCUUUCUCCAGAACCAACUCGAGUCGUUUAGAUGAGGCAGAGGACUGGUUUCUGACGGACUUGGUCUCUGGAAACGAAGAGAAUGGCAGGCAAGCGUGGACGCCCCGGAACAGCAGGAGCAGCAGCGUCAGCAGCUGCGGCGGCGGGAGAAGAGGCUUCGGAAAUAUGGUUCUGGUCUCAUCAGUGGAGUCCCUGUUGUCGUUAGAGAGGGACAGAGACGUUACCGAUGGUCAGAGCAGCUACGGGUCCUCGAGAGACGGAGACGAGAGUCAUCGAACUUCCCGUUCUCCCACACUUGUCUCGGAAGUGCCUGCUUCCCUCGCUGAGCCCGCAAAGAAGGAUAUUCCAGAAUAUGAGAAUGACUUGGAGCAGCAGCUGCAGCAGGUUGGAGGCCAACUCUGCUCUCAGUUAAACAGUAACGGCGGUGAUGUGCUUUAUGUCAUUAAAGGCAAGCCAGCUUCCGACGCGCAGAGGUUUUACAUGAUCGAAGCGGGACACGGUUGGAGCUCUUACCAAUCACUCGAACACCUCGUGAGCUUUUUGGGGGAAACGGUGAAAGUGUUUGGCGCUGAUCGUUUGCGAUCGACGAAAUUUCUGCUGCCCGUGGACGAGGCUGAGAUCUUCUUGGACGAUCUUCAGAAGAUGGCUCCAUAUUCUUUGAAGGAUUUAGUCGAUGCAGCUAAAGCAGCGGGAGCUCCAGUUCUUUGCGCAUUCGCUGCACGGUUCUUCUUCCUGCAGCUAACAGAAGCGGUGGUUGCUUUUGGCGCUGCAGCUGAAGCCACGGCAGCGGCCGGAUCUGGUGUUUCUGCUGCAGCAGGAGCAGCAGCAGCAGGAGAAGCGGCGGCAGCAGCAACGGGCGCAGCGAGUGUGUACAGCGUUUGCUCCACAGCAUUCGCUUUGACACCGUGGGCACUGCUAGUUGGGGGAUGUGUCUAUGGUGUAGUGCGUGGCGUACGCAAACUGCAUAAUGUCAGGGAGAAAGUUUUCCUUUGUCCUACGACAGAUUCGGCGGAGACCGACAGCGAAAUAGGGUUGCCACAGGGAAUGUACCGUGAUCACUGCGUCAUUAAAUGGGGAUAA